GAAGCUAGCUGUCCUCCAUCAGUAGAUUUUUAGCCAACCGGUUGUAUGGCCAGACAUCGAACAACACAGUGGACCAAGGCUACGCCAAAAACCUGGCUUUGAGACAUCGCAUGUGUGUGAUUGAUUCAACAUUGAUGCCAAACUGAACUCAGCAAUACGAGAUGGCUGUUACAAAGAGGAUUUGCUCCGGGUCACCCAGGCAGGAGCAUGUGGACAUCCUGUUGUAGCUGGUCCUGUUUGGAACCUACCGCCACAGUGGAAGAAAACGGCAGCUCAUGGCGCCAGGCCUACACAAACUCGGGCAACAGCCAAUCCCCGAUCUCUCCCGAACUUUUGUGCAAGGCCUGCGGAGGCCAUUUUGACACCAUCGCUAUAAAGCAUGUCUGUGUGGACUGCAAGAAGAACUUCUGUGGCCGCUGCUCGGUGCAGCUGGAGCCGCCAUGCCCGCGCCUCUGCCACACAUGUCAGCGAUUUCACGGAACCCUCUUCGACCGCGCCCAGUUGAUGAGACUCAAGGUGCGGGAGCUGCGUGACUACCUCCACCUGCACGAGGUGCCCACCCAGACGUGCCGGGAAAAGGAGGAGCUGGUUGAGCUAGUCUUGGGCCAGCAGACCCCCAGCACCAGCAGAAGCAGUGAGACCGUGUCCUCCCAGCCCGGGGCUCACAACAAUGUCCCCUCCCCAGACACACCGUCCCCUCCCCAGACACAGGGCCCUACCAGCCCCGACACAUUGAGCCCAGAGCAGCCAGAACAAUCAGCCCCUGAGGCAGAAUCAGAGCAUAUCUCUGAUGAGGAAGAAGAGGAGGAGGAUGAGGAUGAAGAGUCAUCGGACAGCGAGGAGACCCUGAUGCCCGGCCGCAGAGCCUCUCUGUCUGACCUGAGCCGCGUGGAGGAUAUCGAGGGCCUGAGCGUUCGCCAGCUCAAGGAGAUCUUUGCCCGCAACUUUGUCAACUACAAAGGCUGCUGCGAGAAGUGGGAGCUGAUGGAGAGGGUCACCCGCCUCUACAACGACCAGAAGGACCUCCAGAACCUAGUUUCAAAUACAAAAAAUGAAGAAGACCCUGCAGCUCCCAAGAGCCAGGAAGAGAACCUCUGUCGGAUCUGCAUGGACUCUCCCAUUGACUGUGUGCUGCUGGAGUGUGGCCACAUGGUCACCUGCAGCAAGUGUGGCAAGCGCAUGAGCGAGUGCCCCAUCUGCAGACAGUACGUGGUACGGGCAGUGCACGUCUUCAGGUCCUGAUGCAUGGCCACAACGAGGGACACAGUGGAUACCAGGGACAACAUGGCAUUGCUGCCACCACUGCUCAGAGAUGGCAUAUUUUACAAGAAUACACUCCUCUGUAAUGCACACUCUCACUCAUUCAAUCUGUCUUCCUCUUGCUGGCAUUCCAGAGAAAUAACCUGCCUCCUCUUUUCUGGGUUCUCUGUUUUUCUACUCCACCUGAACCUAUUGUUUCUACACUUUCAGCAUUUUACAAGACCUCAAUAUUUCAGUACUAUAACUUUAUUGUUCAAAAGAGUUAGGUAUCAUGUAUUCACAUUGGUGCCAGUCAGACACCAAACUAUAUUGGCACUUUGCAUGGGAGGGCAGCAGUACCUUUUCAAAUUCUGAGGUUAUUGGGUAGAGAUCAUGUUUAUUUCAACCCCACACACAGGCAAGGUUAUAUUGCAUUUUUCUGUCUUUGCAUUUGUGUGCACGGGGAAACAACUGAGUUCCAUAGCUGAGAAACACAGGGCCUUACUAGAGAGGGCAUCGACUAACAAGCAAACGUAUUUGUUCUAGCAAUGAAUGAAAUGCUGAAUCUUGGUAAGAGAGGGAACAUGUUAGGCUACUCUGUUAUGCAUAUCAAUAGCAAAACAGAGUGGCCAGAAUGGUGCUAUUUGACUAGUGAUUAACAACACUCGUAACAAAACAGAGUGGCCAGAAUGGUGCUAUUUGACUAGUGAUUAGCAACACUCGUAACAAAACAGAAUGGCCAAAAUGGUGCUAUGUGAUUAGUGAUUAACAACACUCGUAACAAAACAGAAUGGCCAAAAUGGUGCUAUUUGACUAGUGAUUAACAACACUCGUAACAAAACAGAAUGGCCAAAAUGGUGCUAUUUGACCAAUGGAAGCAACACUCAGGGCCCCAUUUUGACAGUGCAAGUAAGCGGUGUGUAUCGAGACCAAAAUAUCCAAAACCGUUUAUUUCAAACCUUAUCGCCUCAAGCAAGGCUUGGAUAUGAACGUGCUAAUAUUUGAUGCAUGGAAUGCAGUAGUUGUGAAAUUGGUGCAUUAAGUGCAGCACGGAGUACUUGAAGUGGUAAGGUCUGUUUUGCGCCCUCCAAUUGUCACACUUAAAGUUCAGUACCUGCAAACCAGCUGUUCUGUUAAUUGGUUUUGUGGUCCAGAGAGCUAUCUUUAGGUUGCAGUGCACUUGCUAAGCAUAGAACCCAGGCCUUAUCUGUCUUAUUGGCGAUCCUUCAGACACAUCUGUGUGGUGGAUGAACAUAGCAUCUUAGGAGUGGAAACAGCCCUUUAAACACACGAGUCUGCUUGUAGCUCACUGGAAGUACUUGAGGGUCAAGGAGGGGAUAAUGCUUGGCUUCAUUCGCCCUUUUAUGGUCAAAUUACCCUUUUAACUUGCAGAUAUUGUAUCAAAACUGGAACAGAACACGCAUUGACUUGAUGGUAAUAGUUAAUAGUUCUUUAAAUGAGCCGCAAUGGGGAUCUUUUCUGAAAUGUAAACCCGACACCGUAGAUUUGCAGUUUCUUUUUUAUUCUCUGGGGGUCAUAAAUUGUUUGAAGUUGGUUCCAUGACCUUAGCCCAAAUGAGUUUUGGGGUAAAGAGAACUGACCUCGUUAGCAGAAUGUCUCCAUUCCAAGGCUCUCACCACCUCUCUCUUAUCAGCAAGUGCCCCAGAACAGAGUGCUCAUUAACUUAGCUGACGUAGUGCACUGAAUACACUCAUUUCCUAAUGACAAGUUGAUUAAAUGUAUCUACUAGUUAAAAAGAAAAAAAGCUGUUUUCUGUGAAUUUACUUUGUUUGUGGGGGUGUUUUAAAAGCUAGAAUUGAUCAUUGAAACAAUAACAAAGAGCCACCACGCCUCUGUUUCAGUAUAAAGCUGAGGGAUGGACAUGGAGAAAUGCAACCACUCUCAGAUUCAGAGACAGAGCUAAGGACUGACCAUCCAUGAUAUCAAAGUUAUAGUUUUAACCAUGUUUUAAGGCUAUACAGUGUUUGUUUAGAUUUACAUUGUUUAUACACAUUGAAGUAAAACAAGCUUAUAUUUUGGAUUCUCAUGGGGUAUGACAAGUUAAACUAAGCUCAUGAGGUAUUUAUAUGUUAUAAUCUUCAAGAAUCAAUAGGUAUAUAUCAUUCAUUAAAUGGAUGUAGCAACUAAGGAUUCGAGCUUUAAUGAGGAUCUUGGUUAAUUCUAUUCCAACUCUAGGCAAUUCAGUAAAUGGAUUGAGACUGAAUUUAUAUGAAAUUAGAGGCAAUUUUAUUACAGUGCAUUUCUCAAAUUGCCUGGAAUUGAAAUGGUUUGGCAGCCCUCUGCAACUUUUUAUGGAACAUGUUUUAAAUUAUAGAGAAACAUAAUGGUUUGCAUUCAAAUGGUCUUUCUACUGUAUAUCUUGUUUUAUAGCUAAUGAAUGUACCAUAAAACUGAUCAUGAGGAAAAUGCACUUAUACUAAUUAAUGUGUCUGUUUUAGGGAAUGCGUAUCCACUGGGAUAGACUCCGUUUAUCCCAGAUACUUGGUCUGCCUGAACUGAAUGUAACUGGUUUAAGUUGUUUACAAUAACAAAACCAUUUCUUACUGUGACUGCCAAAUUGCCAAUAUCGCAAAUAGAUUUUACACUAGUCCGUUUAUGUCUUUUGUCAAUAACUGCUAAUAUCAUGCAAGAACAAUAUGAAUCAUCUCAUGUAGUUUGUAGAGAGCAGGUGAAACGAGAUAUGUCAGUGUCGUGAGACUAGAUCUGGAUCUUUUCACAAACAUCCCAUCACCCAUCUUGUUUUUAUCCUGGACAUCAGUUUAUACAAGCCAGGCUGUCAGUCAAGUCAGUUCUCUCUGAAGAGUGUUUUCUGUGCAUGUGAAAACGUGUGUAUACAUUUAGCGAAACCCAACCCAAGAUCUAAACAUUCCAAACAGUAGAAUGUACCUUAACAGAACACUCUUCAUCAAAGAAAGCUAAUAUUUUCCACAUAUACUAUAGCCCAUGUACAUGUGUAAUGCUACUUGAGGACCUGAUUUAAAGGCAAGGGCUGAUAGAGGUUCAGUGCAGAUGUGUUUGAUCUCUAUCAAAUAAUUUCCGGGUAACAAUUAAGUACCUGAUUGUUAAGUACUGAUUGCUUUCAUUUAAAAUUGUCUAAAAUAAAUAAAAAUAGCUUUUUAGCAAAGAGCAAUUUCUCAAGCAAGAAUUUUGCUAUUACUCUGGGAGAGGAAUGAGUGGGCACGGGGAAACUGAAAAUGUUAUUAUUGGCAGAGGUUUGGAACUUAACUAAUUUACCCCAUGGUGAUGACACCAUGGAAGGCAAAAACUCCCACCAAAACAGGCUAAAACUUCAGGUGUUUUUUUUCAGACAGCUCUUACACUAAAAGGGUUAUAAUUUUCACACAGUAUUAUUCCAACCUCAUUGUGGAAAUGCGUAUAUAUAAAACAAAGGAUUAUCAUGUUUUUGACUGCACUGGGCCUUUAAUAACAGUAUAUGAACUGUGUAGCAGAUAACUAAUUAGAAUAUUUCAAGAAAUGUCUUCUAAAUAUUGCCUUCUUCCUGAUGGUAUUUCAAUGGCUUUAAAAGGCACAAGAUAAAACCUUAAUGUCAUGCGUGUGUGGGAUGUUGGUGUCCCUAGUCUGCCACGAGAGUCCUGUAGUUCUUAUUGCUGUCUGAGGACCUAGAUAUUAAUAUCAAUUUGUUAUUGGUGACUUUAAAAUGGAGGUGUUUUGGUAUUUGGAAGACAAAUCAAUCUACUAUUGUGAAAUGUUGGACGUGUUUAGAAAAAUCAGACAAUCUUAUCAUAUCUGUGAUUCUUUAACAGUGAGUUAUAAUUUUGGCAAAUGCCUUGCUAUGGAGAGUUGUGCUAAAGGUGAUUAACAACACCUCCACUAGUUAUUAGAUAAGAACAAGGAAAUUAGUCUGUUCUAUCUCACCCCAGGGGGAAAAGGGUCAUUAUUAGCAUAUGAAGUUCAACUUUAAUGGAAAGAUUUGCAUGUGUUUUUUUGGGGGGGAAAGGAAGACUGCUCUGACAAAAGGCAGUUUGAAAACACUUAGAAUGACUCAUAACUGUAUGUGUGGAGAAUUAUUUGUGUUUCGUAUACUCUGAUGAUUUAACUUUGUUCAACAACUGUGAAAUUGUAUAUAAUAAUCCCAUGCGACAGUAUCAUUUUAAAUAUUAUUGAGCGUGUUGUACAUUUGUGAAAUUACUAGCAUGGACUAUUGCCUUUGUUGUAGUUUAAAUAUGUAUUCAGUAGUAUUGGCUAAAUGAGCUAAAUGCUGGAUCAGUUCUUAACUACAAUGGAAGCUAAUAGGAUUUAUAAAUCAGAAAAACCUAUAUUUUUGAAAAUGUAUUAAACAUAUUGAUGUUCUUGUGCAUAUAUUUUGUUGGACAUUUUUUAUAUUGAUAAAAAUAUAAUAAAGUACCCCAACAGACUUAUAAACUCUA